AGGUGACUUCAGUGAAAACAUGGUUGAACACGCAGGAAUCCGCGUGGUUCACCGUGGUGGCAGUAAACUAAACUUUAGAGAGCCGGUCAUAAGCAACGACUCCAGAUUCCUCCUGUGCGCCUCGGGAGAAUGUGUGAAAGUGUUCAGCACCUCCACAGAAGAGUGUCUCCAUGACCUGCGUGGACACACCGACCUGGUGACAGGGUUACUGCUCAAACCCACCAACCACCUGCAGCUCUACUCCUGCUCAACAGAUGGCACUGUCAGACUCUGGGACUUCACGGAUGGUAUCCUUAUUAAGACUUAUGUCAUUGGAUGCCCCAUUUACUCCAUCUAUGCAUCUGCUCACCAUGAAGGAAUCAUCUUUAUUGUGACACCCCCACUUGGUGACAAAAGAUCUGAGUUGUUCCAGCUGGUUGCUCUACAUCUGCCGCAGAGUGGAGAACAGCUGGUAGAGGCCGGAGAGCUGUCUGCUGUGCUCAGUGAUGUCAGCGCCAACCCAGCAACCAUUGCCUUUGGCAGAGGGGGGCAGUUUAUUGCUUCAGCUAAAGGUUUGCAGCUGGAGGUCUACUUCUUCAAGAAGCAGAAGCCAUACAGGUUUCCCCUCAAAGAAGACAACAAGAAGGGAGGAAAGAACACAUUCACGUGUCUUGCCUGCCACCCAAAAGAUGACUGCAUCGCCACCGGGCAUGAAGAUGGCAAGAUUCGCUUGUGGAGAAACAUCAACCAGAAGAAGGAGUACACAUACUCCACUCUGCACUGGCACCACAAUGCUGUCAGCUCACUGUGCUUCACUCCAGAGGGCACUAACUUGCUGAGCGGCGGUGUGGAGUCAGUGCUCGUCCAGUGGCGAUACACCCAAGAGAACGAGAAGGACUUCCUGCCCCGUCUGGGAGCUGCCAUCACACACAUUACUGUCUCACCUGAUGGAGCUCUGUUCUGUACCUCACACAGUGACAACAAGAUCACCAUCAUCCAGAGUUGUGUUAAAGUAUCGUCCAUCAUUCAGGGCCUGGUCAAAGGAGAAAGUGUCAAAACAGACUUGAUGGUGGACCCACGCAGCAAAGCCAUGGUGUUGAACGGAAAGCCAGGCCACCUGCAGUUUUACUCUCUCCACAGAGACAAACUGCUGUACAAUCUGGACAUCGUGCAACAGGAGUACAUUCAUGAGGCCGGCCUGCAGCAGUUUGAGGUGGUCAAAGCGGCCUUCGACACAUCUGGAAAGUGGCUAGCAACAGUCGAAGAAAGAAAACAGAAGAGUGCUGAGUUGGAGCUUAUUUUGAAACUGUGGGCAUUUGAUGAGCAAACACAGAGUUUUAUGCUGAACACAACCAUCUCGUCCCCACAUGAGGCUCAGAUUACAGCCAUGUGCUUGUGCCACGUCACUGACAGCCAGACCACCAUGCUGGUUUCCACCAGUAAGGAUGGGCACUUCAAAGUCUGGCAGGUUGCUGCACCAGCCCACACAGAGGAUGAAGGUCCUUCCUGGUCGUGUGAUUUUGUCGGAUCCUAUCACGGGCUGGUGCCGGCACGCUGCUGUUUCUCAACCGAUGGCUCUUUGCUGGCAGUUAGCUUCAAGGAGGUGGUGACUCUGUGGAGCCCGUCCUCCUGGGAGCUCCUGACUACACUGUCGCAGCCGCCUGGAGCAAUCAGGGAUCUUUGUUUUGGGCGACUAAGCUGUUCCAAGUAUCUGCUGGGAACCACUGAAAACCGCCUGCUCUGCUGCUGGAACCUCCUCACCUGCUCCUUGGAAUGGAGCACUGCCAUGGACAUCAGCUUGCUGUUGGCUGACCCUCUCUCUGAGAACAUGGUUGCCUUCUGCAGUCAGGAUGAAUGCACAGACUUGUUUGUGUUCAAGCCCAAUGAGCCUCGGCCACUGUUUUCCCAUAAGGCCGUGUGUUCAGGGAGGGUCACUCGAGCCGUCUUUGCCCCGAGAGAGGAGAUGCUGGAGGGCUGCGAGGAGAGCAGCCAGUGGCUCAACCGCUCCCAGCUCUACUUCCUCACUCAGUACAUGGACUUAUUGACGUUUACCACCAAAGCAGAAGAGGACAGACUGAUGGCUUCCAGCAAACAGCUUCUGAUCAAUGACAGUGUCGCCAUGACGCCGUUCCGCCUGUUGCUGGGGAAACGGCAGCAGCAGCAGGAAAAUCAAGACACACUGAGCGGCCUGUCUGCAGAGAGGACACCUCUGCCACAGGCCUCUGCUGCUGUUAGAGAGCUUCUGCAGACUCCAGCCCACGUGCUGCCCUCCACCUCUUUGCUCUGCUCCAUGUUUAUAAAUUCUCUGCUCAUCUCCAACUCAGAGCCCAGGGAGGAAAACAAAGAUGUAGAGGAAAUGGAGAGCGAGAAAGAGGAAGACGAAGACGAUUCAGAGGGGGAAAUGGAAUCCAGCACCUCGAGACCCAAGACGGCAUCACUUCCACAGGGAGCCGGGUCAGCCGAGACCACAGCUCCGUCUCUGACCAAAGCCCAGGUUAGGGAACUGAGGAGAGUGAAGAAACUCGACUACAGCUGGCUCUCGGACGUCCUGGACACGUCAACGUGACCAUGAGCUAAAAAAACCAAAAACAAACCCAGACUGACACGGUGUUACAAUGUUUCCACCACAUUCAUACCCAUAUUCUUUUUACCAUUGAGUGAUUUUCCAAACAAAGAAACACAAGUGUAAACAAAUCUCUGCGAGGAUAAAACAGAAAGUCUUUAAACAUUUGGAAGCAAUUAGUACAAAUCAGUUUUUUACAGAUUUAAACAAUAAACUCAGAUUUCUCUGUAGAACUGCUGAGGUUCAUGUGCGAGCAGCAGUUUUUCUUCUCGACUGUAGACUGAAGACUUGGACUCGUGCGCUCUCUGACCAUUAACCCUACUGUUUUCAAACCAUUUCUGUGUGGUCCUGCUUUUAUGUUUGGUGUCCUGUUAGGAUAAAAAUAGACCUAAAAUGGACCUUUUCUAGCUGACUGCAGCAGAGCUUGCUGUGGGAUUUGUCUCUUACUAACACACAGACUGAUGAAAUGCAUUAUAUUAAUUGGCCAAUGAUUACAAAUUCUAAAUUUUUGUCCUCAAAUUUGAUAAAUGUUGCCGAGUCAUUAAAAGGAUAUUUUUUCAUCUAAA